AUGGACGCGGCAGAGGACAAGGAGCGAGCUGAGAAUGGCGUGGCGAACGCAGACGUCGACGCGGAGACGCCGUUCGAGGUCGCUGUCGCCCUCACAGGGCAGGGUCGCUUCCACCUGACUGCCCUCACCGUGUGUGGUUUCUGCCUCAUGACGCUCAUCUUCGAGUCGCUGGCGGCUGCCUACGUCACGCCGGCGGCCCAGUGCGACUUCGACAUGUCCUCCUUCGAGAAGGGCUUCCUGAGCGGCACUAUCUACAUAGGCAUGAUCGUGAGCUCCCACCUGUGGGGGUUCGUGGCGGACACGCGCGGCCGGCGGCUGGUGCUGUCUGUGACUCUGGCGGCCAACAGCGCGUGCUCCGUGGUCGCCGCCUUCAUGCCCAGCCUGCCGCUGCUCAUCUUCCUGCGCCUGCUCAACGGCAUCUUCAUCUGCGGGCCCUCUGCUGUGACAUACGCCUACCUGGGGGAGUUCCACGGUGAGAAGACGCGCACUCAGAGCAUGGUCUACGUCUGCGUCUUCAUCGCCAUUGCCAGCGUCGCACAGCCGGCAUUGGCGUGGGUGGUGAUCCCGCAGCCGUGGGACGUGGCGCUGGGGGCUGUGCGGCUGCGCUCCUGGCGCGUCUUCCUGCUGCUGGGGGCGGCGUUGAGUGCCAUCACCUUUGCACUGCUCAGGCUGUUCAUGCCGGAGAGCCCAAAGUUCCUGCUGGUUGCCGGCCGGAGAGACGAGGCACUUGACGUGCUCCGCCACAUGUUCGCCACCAACAAUGGCGUACCACCGGACAAGUUCCCCGUUACAGCCCUCCAGAGGGACUCGCAGUCAGUGUCAUCGGUGGGUGUCAACACGAAGUCCCCAGCGGCCAUCGCUCGCCACAUGUGGAGGCAGACUGCCCCACUGUUCAGACCGCCCUACCUGAUGUACACACUGCUCGCCUGUCUUCUGCAGUUUGGCCUCUACGCCAGCUCUAAUGGCUUCCUGCUGUGGCUGCCAGACCUGGUGACCCGCAUGUCGCAGUACAACAUGGCCUACCCUGGCCAGGAGACCACCGUCUGUGACGUCAUCGCUAUCCUCGCUGGACAGAUGCCACCACCUGUUGACAUUCAAACGAACUACUCAAGUGUUCUGAACAUGACAACCACAGAGCCGUGGACCGAGGAGGCCCCCUGGAUGGAAGCCACUGUCACCAGUGGCCUCCUGAAGAACUCCAGCGCACCAAUCCUGGAGGCAGCUUGCUCGGCAUCCAUCAGCAGUUCCAGCUUCCAGAACACUCUCAUCAUUGGUGUUGGCAUGGCCGUCUCCUUUGCCUCCGUCACCCUGCUGCUCAGGGUCGUCUCCAAGAAGACCAUCAUCGCGGUGUGCCUGGCGGUGUCCGGUGCGUGCGGGGUGUCCAUGAUCUGGGCCCAGACGGAGCUGCAGAUCUUGCUGCUGCCCAUGGCCUUCAUCGUGCUCUCCGGCAUGUGCAUUGCGGUCGUCAACAGCGUCGUCGUCGACAUCUUCCCCACCUACCUCAGAGCCAUGGCAGUGUGCCUGUCACUGUGCUGCGGUCGCCUGGGCACCUUCAUCACGUCCCUCAUGCUGGGUGCCCUCAUUGACUCUAGCUGCAUCCUCGCUAUUGCCAUCCUUGGAGGAUUUGUCUUUGCUUGUGGUGUACUCUCGACAUUGCUGCCAUCUGAGGCAAAGCUGAAGAAGAUGAACCACUGAGGUCAGCUGCAGCACAGCGUCUGUAUCCUCGCUGGCAUUGUCAGGAGCCUGAGGUGUCGCCCACAUGUGCUG